ACAUACAUACAUACAAUCCUGAUUGAGAUAGAUUAGCUUAAGGAGUUGUGUAUGAAUUUUUUACACUUGACAUGAGGUUUUCAUUCUUAUUAAGUUUGGCGGUAAUAUGGUGCAUAACUAUUACGGAGGCGCAACAAAUAGGCAAUACAAAGGCAGAACUGAGCAAGGAUCUUGAAUUGGAUGCAAACAUAAUAGUGUCAUGGGAACCGGGAGUUGACAGAUUGACUGAUGCGAAUUUGAAUAUGAUGAUAUCAAAAUGGAUGGGGAUGCCAUUUCUGGACACAAACACUUCAGAAUGGGUCAAAGUACCGGUAGAUCCUUUUCAUCGAAAGAAAAGGAAUGUGUUAAUGAUAAUAUUAGGCGCGAACUUCUCUGAUCGAUUGUAUCCGGAUGAUCCUAGCGUUCCUGAUCCGGUGAAAUUAGAAUGUGAAAAGGGGUGUCAAUCUAUAGUGGAUUCUAUAUUAAGAGGGCGUCUACCAGAAGGAAAGGAUUGGCCCAGUUUGACAGAAGUGUGUACAUGGCAGUAUCCGUCAUCGAAAGUAGUAUCGGUGUCCGCAGAGAGGUCCUUGACGAAGAAGUUUGGAGCACGCGGUGAGUAUUUGGGUAAGGGCAGCAGCUCAGUCUCACUUUUUCUGGAUCAGAAACGUCAAGAGAUGACGACAACAGAUGGGAAAUCGAUAUCACGAGAAGAGGCAAAGGAAGUAUUAGACUCGAAUUUUGAAGUGACAUUAGACGAAAGGGUUGAUCAUGAUGCGCUUUAUUUAGAAUUGGCAACGAUGUUGAAGCAUUCGAAUGAAGCUGAAGAAAAAUGCAAUGGCGAAGAUGGGGCGUGUAUGUAUAAUUAUAUUUUGACAGGUUUAGAGAAAAUUAGUAUGAAAUAUGGUGAAACGUCUAAAGAAUAUCUAGAUGCAGUAGAGCUUACUCGCAUGGUUAUUGAGAGCGCUUUGAAGUCCUUUCGCACCAACAAUGCAGAUGACUUGAUCUUUGAAUGCAUAUAUUUGAAAUCCAAAACACCGUCAUCUAUUGCAUCAUCACUUCAGCCUGUUAGGCUAAACACAGAUUUACCUUUUUUUUGGGACGGUGACAUUGACGGUUCUGUCGCCUCUUGGCACAUGGCCUUUUGGACUUCUGUUUGCUUGGUUCUGAUUAUUAUUCUCGUCUAUCGAUGCAUGCAUUCCGUCAGUGAAGAGAGUAGUCAGUCUCUAUUAUAUCGCAUGAUCCCUACUUCAGAAGAAACACAAAACAAUAUUUGAUGGGAUGGUUUGAUUUUAUUUCUUUCUGAAAAUAUCAUAGUUAGGGUUUGAAUGGAGUUAUGGGGCAUUUGCCGUAAGAAUAGCGUUUUGUUUCAGGAAAAUUAAUAAAAAUCCUCUAAAGGUUUUCUAAAGAUAAGUCCCUAGUUUUUAUUGAGGAAGAUGGCUGCUGACAUUCCCUCGAUUUUUGACUCGGACACUGCUGAACACCGACGCCUUGCUGAGCAUGCAAAGAGAAUGAAGGAUUGGAAAUUUUGGGGCCCUUAUUUAUCAGAACGUCAGUGGGCUACCGUCAGAGAGGAUUACAGUCGAGAUGGCGAAGCGUGGAAUUAUUUCACCCAUGAUCAAGCAAGGAGUCGAGCAUAUAGAUGGGGAGAAGAUGGGCUUUUGGGAAUAACCGACAGGGAUUGCAACGUAUGCUUUGCGUUAGCAAUGUGGAACGGGAAAGAUCCUAUUUUGAAGGAGAGGCUGUUUGGGGUGACAGGGAAGCAAGGAAAUCACGGAGAAGAUGUGAAAGAGCUGUACUAUUAUUUAGAUGCGACACCUACACACACAUACAUGAAAGCUUUAUACAAGUAUCCUAUGAAAGAAUAUCCAUACGAAGAGUUUGUAAAUGUAAAUUCUUUUAGGACGGCUUUAGACCCGGAAUACGAGAUAUUAGACACGGACAUAUUUGAUAGUAAUAUGUACUAUGACGUGUUUGUGGAGUAUGCUAAGAGCGGUUACAUGGAUGUAUUAGCGAAGAUAACAAUAUGGAACAGGAGCGAUGAGCCUAGUCAGAUACAUUUCUUGCCAAAUAUAUGGUUUAGGAACACGUGGACAUGGGGAUACCGUCAUGAAGGGUGCACGUCUAAGCCGUUGUUGUGGUUGGCCGAUAAGGAAAAGGGAGAAUUGAAGUUUCAACAUGACACGAGAAGUCAGUUUGAGUUUUACGCAUUGGACUUACCGGAAGAAUGGCUGUUCACAGACAACGAGACGAACACGGAAGUGAUAUGGGGAGUGAAGAACGACGAGCCCUAUAAGAAGGAUGCGUUUCAUAGAUAUGUGGUGAAGGGAGAAAAGGAUGCGGUGAACCCAGAAAUGAGAGGAACGAAGGCGGCGCCAUAUUACUGCCGCGUAGUGGCGGGUGGUGAUUGUGUGGUGUUUAGGUUCAGGUUGACGAGGGGAUAUAUAGAGAAACCCGAGGAAGGGUUCGAGGAGGUAUUUGAGAAAAGAAAACAAGAGGCUGACGAGUUUUAUGCGAGCGUGAUUCCCAACACAUUGAAACCUGAGGAAGUGGCUGUAACACGUCAAGCGUAUGCAGGGUUGCUGUGGUCGAAGCAGUUUUACCACUAUUCUGUAAAAAAUUGGUUAGAAGGAGAUCCGAACAUGCCAGAACCCCCAGCAGAAAGAUUAAAAGGUCGUAAUAUAGAUUGGGAGCAUUUAUUCAAUAAGGACAUUAUCAGCAUGCCAGAUAAGUGGGAAUAUCCGUGGUAUGCUUCUUGGGACCUGGCAUUUCACAUGAUUCCUUUGGCGACAAUCGAUCCUCAAUUUUCAAAGCAACAGUUGAUAUUAUUUUUGAGAGAAUGGUUCAUGCAUCCAAGUGGAAUGAUCCCUGCCUACGAAUGGGAUUUGAGUUCCGUUAACCCACCUGUACACGCAUGGGCUUGUUGGAACGUCUACAAGAUCGAUGGAUCAAGAGACCGCGAUUUUUUGCUGCGUGCAUUUAACAAAUUGGUGAUUAAUUUCACUUGGUGGGUGAACCGUAAGGAUGCUUCUGGCAAGCAUAUUUUCACUGGCGGAUUUUUAGGCCUAGAUAACAUUUCUGUUUUCGACCGAAAUUUAGUGAAAGAUUUAGAGCAAGCAGAUGCCACGUCUUGGAUGGCUUUCUUUUGCGCCCAUAUGCUCACUAUUUCUAUGGAACUUGCUAAGGAGCUUCCUGCGAUGGAGGACAUUGCAUCCAAGUUCUUUGAACAUUUUGUCGCUAUUAUUCAUGCAAUCAAUACUUUCGAUGGUACCGGCUUAUGGGACGAGCAAGACGGCUUCUUCUACGAUCAACUCAAAGUUGGUACCGAACGUUUCCCUCUUCGCAUUCGCUCUAUUGUGGGAUUGCUUCCUUUGACGGCUGUUUCGGUUUUGGAUAUGCGCACAAUCAGCAUGCUCCCUGGAUUCAAAAAGCGUAUGGAAUGGGUGAUCAAGAACCGCCCCUGGCUAUCCAGACACAUCGAGGAGCGAGACGGCAAAUACUUGCUCUCUGUGGCCAACGAAGAAAAACUAAAGCGGAUUCUGAAUUAUGUUUUGGAUCCGGACGAAUUUUUGUCUCCGUUUGGUAUUCGGUCGCUCUCAAAAUUUCAUGAACUGGAACCCUUCAGAUGGUGCGAUAUGGAUGUCAAAUACACGCCUGGUGAAGCUGAAAAUGGCAUGUUUGGAGGAAACAGCAAUUGGCGUGGUCCUAUUUGGUUUCCUAUCAAUUUUUUACUUAUCGAAUCUAUUCGUAAUUAUUACACUUUCUUCGGAGACUCUUUUCGUAUUGAAUUCCCUUCUCGAUCUGGCACCGUCACCAAUCUCAUCGAUGUAGCCGAAGACAUUUCUUCCCGUUGCGUUAGCAUCUUUCUUCCUCACUCAGAAAACCAUCUGGAACUAUUGGAGUGCUCCAAACUCGAAUAUGGAAUGCGUCCUUGUCAUGGCGACUAUAAAAUCUACCGCGAUAAUCCUCAUUUCAAAGACCUCGUCCUAUUCUACGAGUACUUCCACGGCGAUACCGGUAAAGGGCUAGGCGCCCCUCAUCAGACAGGAUGGACCGCUCUCGCCGCCAUGCAAUUCCAGGAAAUUGGGCGAUACGUCCGCUCCUUCCCCACGAAGCGACGUAUGCAUACCGUCAAUCCUAAAGGAAGGCGAGACGUCUUUAGAUAAACAAACUACGUGCAAUACAAAUAAAUACCGCUUCAACCGUCAA